AUGUCCGGCGAAUCAGCCUCCGCUAUCCCAAGAAGCCAAGUUGAUUUGCUGGACUUCGUGGACUGGUCAGGUGUGGAAUGCUUGAAUCAAAGCGGCAGCCACUCUCUUCCAAAUGCUCUCAAACAGGGUUACAGAGAAGACGAUGGGUUGUAUUUGGAAAGCGAUGCUGAUGAACAACUGUUGAUUUAUAUUCCUUUUACUCAAGUUAUUAAACUCCAUUCAUUUGUAAUCGAAGGACCAGAGGAAGAAGGCCCGAGAACUGUAAAACUUUUUGCUAACAGGGAGCACAUGGGAUUCAGCAAUGUCAAUGAUUUCCCUCCGAGUGAUACAGCUGUUCUAUCUGAGGAUAACCUUAAGGUAACAUUAGUGUUGCCAUGGCUCCACUCAAGCGGUUUUUACAAUUUUGUUCUCUUGACAGUUUUCAUCGAGGACAAUCAAUCUGGUUCUGAAGUUACUAAAGUUCAAAAGAUUGUUCUCCAUGGGACUACGGUUGAAACAACAGAUAUGAAAGGUCUAAAGAAGAUUGAGGAGCAUUAA